AUGGCCAGUCCAGCAGCAGCAUGCUGCAAUACCCCUUCAUGUCCAGAUGGGAGAGCGGCGGAGGCCCAAAAGACAAAGCGCUUCAUCACAGAAGACUAUGAGCUGAGCAAGGAAGAGUUGGAUGGCCUCAUGAGGGAAGGAGGUUAGGACACAGACCCUAGUUGUUGAUGUAGCCUAUAAUGUUUUUAUUCCUUCCAUCCAAGUACCUUUACAUCACGUUAGAAUGAUAAGAGAUUUCAGUAGUGGUAUUGAAUUAUUCUGUGAUAGUUUGCCUGUGUCAUGUGACCCCCCCCCCCCCCCCCCCACAGAGGAAGGUCGUCCCUUCCUGGUGGUUCAUCAUCUGCUGGAUGUGAAGGAGGCAGGUGUGCCUGUGUUACUGCCUGGGACUCCAGUCAUCUGCAGAGUGGACAGCACCGAGAGAUACACCACACGCUCCAAGGUGUGUGUGUGUACAGUAUACUGUAUGUACAUAGUGUUUAUUUGUGUGUCUGUAUAUUAUAUGCACACCUGCACCUUUCCACAUGAGCGUGUGUUUACAUUAUGUGUAGGCUACACAAGUCUAUGACAUGUUUUCUCUUCCAGGUCCGUGUGUGCACUCUGUACACUGUGAAGCUGACCCAUGGCAAGUUCACCUGGACGGUCAAAAGGAAGUACAAGCACUUCCAGGAGCUGCACCGUGACCUCUACAAGCACAAGAUGAUGGCCCACUUCCUGCCUCUGGGAAGGUCAGACUCAGAGCACCAAUCAGAGCUCAAAUCAACCCAUUAUCUGUGCCGAGAGUAAUUUGUUUAGAGGGGAUGCACUUCAAAUCAGAGUGAAUGCCUGUUGUGAUUUCGGUACGAGUUUAAGCAGUAAAAUGUUUAGAAUAUUCAAAUAUCUAUUUUUAGAUUUGCAGCCCAGAGAGCGCAGCUGAGGGCUAUGACAGAGGAGAUGCCAAGUCUACACGGGACUGAGAGGAUGAGACGAACUUCCAGCAAACCGGUAUCACUCUUACAACCAUGGACCCACACGUACUGUAUACAGAAAGACAGACACUGAUAAACACCAUGGUACACAUGCAGACAGAGACCCAUACAUCACUUAGUCUCACAUAAAGGCACAUGCCCGUACAUCUACUUAGUUCUAGAUAAUGCCCUCCACACAAAAAACAUGAGGGAUCAAUUAUUAUUAUUAUUAUUAUUUAUUUUAUUUUUAGGGGUGACCAUUUGAUUUGUUGACAUUUGAUCAUGUAGGCCAGGGGUGUCAAGUCCAGUCAAUUCUGAUUUCUGAUCUCUCUGUUAUAGAAAUACCUUGAGGAAUACCUAAACGGGCUUCUGGAGAAUUCCUUUUGUAAGAACUAUCACGGCAUGGUGAGUGAAGAUGACACGUGCACACACACACUCACACACACACACACCAAAUACCAUUCAGUGUCAGGAUGUGCUAUCAUCACUGUCUAUCUUGUUCUGAUUCCAGCUGGAAUUCCUUGAUGUCAGUGCUCUCUCCUUUGUCAGUGAGCUUGGACCCAAAGGCCUGUAAGCACUAUUAAUAGUCUAUGAGAGUGUGUGAUGAUAUAUGAGACUGAGUGUUAUUCAGUAUAUUUUAAUGUGACUGAUUCUAUGUCCAUGUAAGUGAUGCCAUUUUGUUUCAGGGAGGGUUCCAUCUUCAAAAGAUCAGGAGGUCACCGUAUCCAGGGGCUGAACUGUAUUGGUCAUCACCAGUUCUGCUUCCGCUGGUCAAAGCGCUGGCUGGUGGUCAAGGACUCCUUCCUGCUCUAUAUGAACCGGGAAAACGGGGUCGUCUGCUUCGUACUGGUCUUUGACCCGGAGUUCAAAGUUCAAGUGGGUCGUGCACACACUGACACCAAAUAUGGGGUUUGCAUUCAGAACUUCACUAGGUAAGUCCAUAGUGCUGUCCAAAAUAUGAUUACUUGUCGGCAGACAUUCAUAAAAAUGUACCCUCAAAUAUACAUUUGUAUUCCUAACUGUUUAUUUAUGAGUCAAUCCCUAGCUGUUUGUGUAUUUGUGCGGGCAAGUAUUGUCUCGCUGUGUAACCUUACAUUUACAUUUUAGUCAUUUUAGCAGACACUCUUAUCCAGAGCGACUUACAGUUAGUGAGUGCAUACAUUUUUUUUUCUUCAUACUGGACCCCCGUGGGAAUCGAACCCACAACCCUGGCAUUGCAAGCGCCAUGCUCUACCAACUGAGCUACACAGGGCCCUAACCUUGUGUGUAUGUGUGUUCUAGGGAUGGGUAUUUGAAUUAUUAUAUUUAAAAAAAAAAAUGUUUAGUCAUUUAGCAGACGCUCUUAUUCAGAGCGACUUACAGUUAGUGAGUGCAUACAUUUUCAUACUGGCCCCCUGUGGGAAUCGAACCCACAACCCUGGCGUUGCAAGCUCUACCAACUGAGCUACAGUAUUCAAAUAAUGUCAUGAUAUUUUUUGGGAUAGUCGAAAUACAAAUAAUAAUAAUAAUAAUAAAUGUUUUACUUCAAUGGAGACUUGCUCACGCGACUCGAGAUGGAGUGGGUGCACUGUGCACGGAGGGAGAGAGAGAGAGAAAAUAGCUAAACUGACUUGCGCUAGUUAGACAAACUUAUCUAUCAGACCAUCUGGUAGUGCCUGUCUUGACUACAUCAAAUUGUUGUAAAAAAGCUAGCCAGCUAGCUAGCUAAAGUAGCAAGGCUAAUUGAGGCUAUUUUGCUGCGCUCCCCAUCCAAUGUCUACAACAACUCCAUUCAUAUGAAACAACAGCCUACCUGUUGGUUGAUCAUUAUAGCCUACCCCUUCUCAUUUAGCCAACUUAAUUCCAUAAAUGUAAUUCCAUUUUGUAUUGGUUAGAAAUCUCCCACUUCACUUGCUACAUAUGGAGCCUCUGAAUGUAGUGCCGCUUUGAUUGACUGACAAUAACAACAAGCUACAUGAAUGAAACCAUAGACAUUAAAACCAGUGUGAAACGUGUGUAAACUACCGGUGUGUCUUUUUUAUGCAGCGCACUCAUAAAACAGAUGUUUUAUUAACAUUUUGAAUGUAAUGGUCUAUCCUUGUAGGCUAUGUAGCCUCAUUUUAGACUUAUAAAAAAUAGUUGUGUGUGUGUGUGUGUGAAGGGAUCUGGUCAUCAAGUGUAACAGCUACAGACAGGCUCGCUGGUGGAGCCAUGAGAUCAACAGGCUGGCUGAGCCCUGUGAAUUCCUCCAGGUCCAACGCUUCGGGGGCUUUGCCCCUCCACGGGAGAACACACUCACUAAAUGGUCAGAUGUUGCUUCCAAUUAGAUGAUGAUAAUGUGGUAUGUGUACCUGCUGUAUACACCCAUAGCUUUGUGCACCCUUAACUUAAAUGUAAUGUCUCUGUUUAUGAAUUGGUCAUAUUAAAGGUAUGUAAAUGGAAGUGGCUACUUUGCAGACCUGGCUGAUGCUCUGGAGCAGGCCAAGGAGGAGAUCUUCAUCACAGACUGGUGGUGAGUAGCAGAGCUAGCACCAUAGAAAUAGAAUUGAACAUUCUAUUAUUAUACAGUAUAUCUCUAUGGCUAGUAAGCCUACUGUGUGUUCCAACACGUGUACUGAUGUAAGCACAGUGCUCUCCAUAAUUUAUAGAGUGGUUAUCCAGAGCCAUAUACUGUAGAAAAUGGCUCUGCUCUGCCGUUAGCUAAAUUAGAGCAUACAGCAAACAAAACAAAUAUUUGAUUUCACUCUCCCAAUAUCAAUAUCAACGGAGAUCACUGUUUCCAACAUGUAUUAGGUUUGUUUCUAAUUAGUCUGUAAACAGCAGGACACAGUGUAAAUAUGUACAUGGUUAACAUUGCAUGGUGAAUAUGUCUUUCCCACCCUCCCUCCCAGGCUCAGCCCAGAGGUUUUCCUGAAGAGGCCAGCUACAGACACAUACUGGCGCCUGGACCAGAUCCUCAAUCGCAAAGCAGUACGAAUCUACUUCCCAACUUUCUCCUGUCAACAUGUCUUUAGUCUCCCUUUUACCUCUCCUCCCUCCUCUCCCCUGAAAGCACUGAAGGUUAAUCCCUCCUUUCCGCAUCCUUCCCACCUUCUGUGUAGACUGGCUAACGUGAACCUCGUGACCACACAGCUGUGACCCACUGGUCUGAAAAGGAGGCUGUUUGUUAAUGCAAUCUUCGCCUAGAAAUUAAGCGGAUGCAUUGAUUGGUUCUCUCGAAUGUAAUUUUUUCCUGGGGGGUUGAGGUUGUAAUGGAAGGGGGCGGCGCUCUGGGGAUGUGUGUGGCUGUGCCUGUGUGUGUUUGAGUGAGAAAGACACUGAGGAGACCCAACCAGUAAAAGCACAGCCCCCUUCAUUAUCAACGCAUGCCGACAACAUCAAAACAGCCUUUCCAGACUCUGAAGUCAGGAGGACUUUGGUAUCAGCCAGACUACCUUCUGUGUACAGUUGUGGUCAAAAGUUUUGAGAAUGACACAAGUAUUGGUCUUCACAAAGUUCGCUGCUUCAGUGUUAUGAUAUAUUUUUGUCAGAUGUUACUAUGGUAUACUGAAGUAUAAUUACAAGCAUUCCAUAAGUGUCAAAGGCUUUUAUUGACAAUUACAUUAAGUUUAUGCAAAGAGUCAAUAUUUGCAGUGUUGACCCUUCUUUUUCAAGACCUCUGCAAUCUGCCCUGGCAUGCUGUCAAUUAACUUCUGGGCCACAUCCUGACUGAUGGCAGCCAAUUCUUGCAUAAUCAAUGCUUGGAGUUUGUCAGAAUUUGUGGGUUUUUGUUUGUCCACCCGCCUCUUGAGGAUCGACCACAAGUUCUCAAUGGGAUUAAGGUCUGGGGAAUUUCCUGGCCGUGGACCCAACAUUUCAAUGUUUUGUUCCCCGAGCCACUUAGUUAUCACUUUUGCCUUAUGGCAAGGUGCUCCAUCAUGCUGGAAAAGGCAUUGGUCGUCACCAAACUGUUCUUGGAUGGUUGGGAGAAGUUGCUCUCGGAGGAUGUGUUGGUACCAUUCUUUAUUCAUGGCUGUGUUCUUAGGCAAAAUUGUGAGUGAGCCCACUCCCUUGGCUGAGAAGCAACCUCACACAUGAAUGGUCUCAGGAUGCUUUACUGUUGGCAUGACACCUUGUCUUCUCCGGACAAGGUGUUUUCCGGAUGCCCCAAACAAUCGGAAAGGGGAUUCAUCAGAGAAAAUGACUUUACCCCAGUCCUCAGCAGUCCAAUCCCUGUACCUUUUGCAGAAUAUCAGUCUGUCCCUGAUGUUUUCCUGGAGAGAAGUGGCUUCUUUGCUGCCCUUCUUGACACCAGGCCAUCCUCCAAAAGUAUUCGCCUCACUGUGCGUGCAGAUGCACUCACACCUGCCUGCUCCCAUUCCUGAGCAAGCUCUGCACUGGUGGUGCCCCGAUCCCGCAGUUGAAUCAACUUUAGGAGACGGUCCUGGUGCUUGCUGGACUUUCUUGGGCACCCUGACGCCUUCUUCACAACAAUUGAACAUCUCGUCUUGAAGUUCUUGAUGAUCCGAUAAAUGGUUGAUUUUAGGUGCAAUCUUACUAGCAGCAAUAUCCUUGCCUGUGAAGUCCUUUUUGUGCAAAGCAAUGAUGACGGCACGUGUUUCCUUGCAGGUAACCAUGGUUAACAGAGGAAGAACAACGAUUUCAAGCACCACCCUCCUUUUAAAGCUUCCAGUCUGUUAUUCUAACUCAAUCAGCAUGACAGAGUGUUCUCCAACCUUGUCCUCGUCAACACUCUCACCUGUGUUAACGAGAGAAUCACUGACAUGAUGGCAGCUGGUCCUUUUGUGGCAGGGCUGAAAUGCAGUGGAAAUGUUUUUUGGGGAUUAAGUUCAUUUUCAUGGCAAAGAGGGACUUUGCAAUUAAUUGCAAUUCAUCUGAUCACUCUUCAUGACAUUCUGGAGUAUACAGUGGGGGAAAAAAGUAUUUAGUCAGCCACCAAUUGUGCAAGUUCUCCCACUUAAAAAGAGGCCUGUAAUUUUCAUCAUAGGUACACGUCAACUAUGACAGACAAAAUGAGAAACAAAUAUCCAGAAAAUCACAUUGUAGGAUUUUUAAUGAAUUUAUUUGCAAAUUAUGGUGGAAAAUAAGUAUUUGGUCAAUAACAAAAGUUUCUCAAUACUUUGUUAUAUACCCUUUGUUGGCAAUGACACAGGUCAAACGUUUUCUGUAAGUCUUCACAAGGUUUUCACACACUGUUGCUGGUAUUUUGGCCCAUUCCUCCAUGCAGAUCUCCUCUAGAGCAGUGAUGUUUUGGGGCUGUCGCUGGGCAACACAGACUUUCAACUCCCUCCAAAGAUUUUCCAUGGGGUUGAGAUCUGGAGACUGGCUAGGCCACUCCAGGACCUUGAAAUGCUUCUUACGAAGCCACUCCUUCGUUGCCCGGGCGGUGUGUUUGGGAUCAUUGUCAUGCUGAAAGACCCAGCCACGUUUCAUCUUCAAUGCCCUUGCUGAUGGAAGGAGGUUUUCACUCAAAAUCUCACGAUACAUGGCCCCAUUCAUUCUUUCCUUUACACGGAUCAGUCGUCCUGGUCCCUUUGCAGAAAAACAGCCCCAAAGCAUGAUGUUUCCACCCCCAUGCUUCACAGUAGGUAUGGUGUUCUUUGGAUGCAACUCAGCAUUCUUUGUCCUCCAAACACGACGAGUUGAGUUUUUACCAAAAAGUUCUAUUUUGGUUUCAUCUGACCAUAUGACAUUCUCCCAAUCCUCUUCUGGAUCAUCCAAAUGCACUCUAGCAAACUUCAGACGGGCCUGGACAUGUACUGGCUUAAGCAGGGGGCCACGUCUGGCACUGCAGGAUUUGAGUCCCUGGCGGCAUAGUGUGUUACUGAUGGUAGGCUUUGUUACUUUGGUCCCAGCUCUCUGCAGGUCAUUCACUAGGUCCCCCCGUGUGGUGCUCACCGUUCUUGUGAUCAUUUUGACCCCACGGGGUGAGAUCUUGCGUGGAGCCCCAGAUCGAGGGAGAUUAUCAGUGGUCUUGUAUGUCUUCCAUUUCCUAAUAAUUGCUCCCACAGUUGAUUUCUUCAAACCAAGCUGCUUACCUAUUGCAGAUUCAGUCUUCCCAGCCUGGUGCAGGUCUACAAUUUUGUUUCUGGUGUCCUUUGACAGCUCUUUGGUCUUGGCCAUAGUGGAGUUUGGAGUGUGACUGUUUGAGGUUGUGGACAGGUGUCUUUUAUACUGAUAACAAGUUCAAACAGGUGCCAUUAAUACAGGUAACGAGUGGAGGACAGAGGAGCCUCUUAAAGAAGAAGUUACAGGUCUGUGAGAGCCAGAAAUCUUGCUUGUUUGUAGGUGACCAAAUACUUAUUUUCCACCAUAAUUUGCAAAUAAAUUCAUAAAAAAUCCUACAAUGUGAUUUUCUGGAUUCUUUUUUCUCAUUUUGUCUGUCAUAGUUGACGUGUACCUAUGAUGAAAAUUACAGGCCUCUCUCAUCUUUUUAAGUGGGAGAACUUGCACAAUUGGUGGCUGACUAAAUACUUUUUUCCCCACUGUAUGCAAAUUGCCAUCAUCAAAACUGAGGCAGCAGAUUUUUUGAAAAUUAGUAUUUGUGUCAUUCUCAAAACGUUCUUUUCUCUGUGCAGGAACAAGGUGUCAAAGUGUGUGUGCUCCUGUACAAGGAGGUAGAAAUGGCGCUGGGCAUCAACAGUGGCCACAGCAAAAGGACACUGAUGGACAUGCACCCCAACAUCAAGGUCUGUCUGAGACGCUCCAAUCUCUGCUGUGCAAUCAGGUGGUGCUUUACACCUGAUAAACCAAUCCACAUAGCUGGCUCUUAGUCAUAACACUGUAGCGCAGUGUCACACUAAACAGAGAAAUCAUACACAUCCUCAUGCUUUCAAUACUAGUGUUAAACUAGGUCUUUAAUUUAAAUUCAAAACUUUAUUAGAUUUGUGUCCUUAGCUUCCCUGACAUCUCUCCAACAGGUGAUGCGACACCCCAACCACAUGUCCGCGGUGGUGUUUCUGUGGGCCCAUCAUGAGAAGAUGGUGGCCAUCGACCAAUCAGUGGCCUUUGUGGGAGGCUUGGACUUGGCCUUCGGGAGGUGGGAUGACAGCCAGUACCGGUUGACUGAUACGGUUCCCAUGGAGACAACCAAUCACAUAUCUGAAGAAGCGCCAAAAGCUCCACUGGCUGAGCCAGAAGUGAGACACCUCAAGACAAAGUCAAGAUUCAUCUUUCUCUUUCUCCGGUGUUGUUCUGAUAAUCCAUAGUUCAUAGUGUUACCUGGUGUUGAGCAGUGACUUCAUUACCAGACUGUCCUACUCUGCCCCCUAGGCAGUUGAUUCAGGUGACCAGGUGGAUGGGUCAGACUUGGCCCAGGAUCCAAAGCCUACAGAGCCAGAGGAAGUCAACCCUGUGGACCUGAAAAACAACACCCAGUUGUGGCUUGGCAAGGACUACAGCAACUUCAUCAGGAAGGACUGGGUCCAACUGGACCGCCCAUUCGAAGGUACAGUAUACACCCACUACUCCCGCACUCACUAACACACACGUACAUGUACACACAACACACACAUGAGGGCUCAUUCUUACAUUUAGUCCUUUGUGUCCCCAGACAACAUUGACCGCACUGAGGUGCCCCGUAUGCCGUGGCGUGACUUAUCUGCCGCACUCCAUGGCAAAGCUGCCAGGGAUGUGGCCCGCCACUUCAUCCAGCGCUGGAACUUUGCCAAGGUCAGAGGUUCCUAAGGAUCUUUCUUUCAUGACUUUACUUGGAUGUACAGUGCAUUUGGAAAGUAUUCAGACCCCUUGACUUUUUCCACAUUUUGUUAUGUUACAGCCUUAUUCUAAAAUGUCUUAAAUUGUUUUUUUCCCCUCAUCAAUCUACACACAAUACCAAAGCAAAAACAGUUUUUUAGUACUUUUUACCCCCUUUUCGUGAUAUCCAAUUGGUAGUUAGUCUUGUCCCAUCGCUGCAACUCCCAUACUGACUUGGGAGAGGCGAAGGUCGAGAGCCAUGCGUCCUCCGAAACACGACCCUGCCAAGCCGCACUGCUUCUUGACACACUGCUCGCUUAACCUGGAAGCCAGCCGCACCAAUGUGUCGGAGGAAACACCAUACAACUGGCGAACGAAGUCAGCGUGCAUGCGCCCGGCCCGCCACAAGGAGUCGCUAGAGAGCGAUGGGACAAGGACAUUCCGGCCAGCCAAACCCUCCCCUAACCCGGACGACGCUGGGCCAAUUGUGUGCCGCCUCAUGGGUCUCCCGGUCUCGGCCGGCUGCGACACAGCCUGGGAUCGAACCCGGGUCUGUAGUGACGCCUCUACCACAGUGCCUUAGACGGCUGCGCCACUCGGGAGACGGUUUUUAUACAUUUUUGUCCCCUCCAGUUUUAUCAUUGGAAUGCGAUACAAAACGAGGCAAUGGUCUGCUUUAGGACAUUUUACUUUUACAUUUUAGUCAUUUAGCAGACGCUCUUAUCCAGAACGACUUACAGUUAGUGAGUGCAUACAUUCUUUUUUCUUUUUCAUACUGGCCCCCCGUGGGAAUCGAACCCACAACCCUAGCGUUGCAAACGCCAUGCUCUACAUCCCUGCCGGCUAUUCCCUCCCCUACCCUGGACGACGCUGGGCCAAUUGUGCGCCGACCCAUGGGUCUCCCGGUCGCGGCCGGCUACGACAGAGCCUGGAUUCGAACCAGGAUCUCUAGUGGCACAGCUAGCACUGCCUUAGACCACUGCAGUGACACUGCAAAAUUACUGCAGUAAAAAAAACUUAUUUUGGACGCAGUAUUUGCUGCAUACUGCAGUUAUAUUGCACUCUGAGUGCAAUCUUUUUUCGUUAGGGUGCCUUCGACUUCACGGCCUGCACAUGAGCACUUCGGCGCUAGACCCGAUGACGUGUUUCUACACAUGAGCAUAGUUAGCCAACUUCGCCAUGACAUUGCCUACAAGUGUGAUCGGGGAUUUCUAUUGGAGAAGCAGUUUUAACCUAUCUUCAUACUGUACUGUCUUUGCUAACGUACAUCAGUUCAAAACCAGCACCACAUUUUUGGCAAAUUGUCACGCUGCUACCUUACAAUGCAAGCAAUGGGCUUUUGCAACACUAGCUAGCUAAUCCAUAGUCCAAGCUACAGUAAAAGCUAGCAAUAUUUUACUGUCAGACAGGAUACAACUCAAACUGUAGCUGAGGAAACAAAUGCACAUGUAUACAGCGCGGUUGUGCUCAAUCAAGCAUGAUGAUCGUUUUAGACGCGCGCUUGUUUGAGAUGUUGCUAUCCAUUGGAGCGCUGCGAUUGGUUGCUCAAAAUUAUGGGGCAGGGCUUAGCGAAGGGUCAAUUGCAUGGCUUCAAUAUGGAAAUAUAUUGUUAAACAUAACAUUUGAACCAGUAACGUGCGGCGAGGUCAGUGGCUGGGUGAGCACUGUUAAUGAUCAAAGCCAGAUUUACUCACAAAUAAACCUUGAUGAAGCCCAAGUUCACCAUACAACAGAUAGCUCCAACAACCAGAGUGACAUAGGCUAUUAACUUAAACUGACAAACAAUUUUCACCAAAUGUAAAUACCAAUGUAGCCAAGAUACACAUGCGAUAGCCUCCGUUGACGGCAUAUUUCAUAUCAUCUUACAAAAUGACACACUGCUCAACUCAGCUCAGCCAUAGGCCGAUGUAGCAUCCACAGUUACAACUGAUAGGUGGCACUAAAAUACCAAUAUAUGGACAGAUUUCAUCCGAAUAAUUCGCAACGCAAACUCCAUAGCCUUUCACAAUGGAUUUACAAUUCUUCCAAUGUGCGGCGCUCGCAAACACACACACAUAUAGAAGUGUUAGAACCUUUUAUUAUAUAUCAACAAUCGAAAUGACUGAAAAAUGCAGUUCAAAAUGUAAUUCUAGCUUGAUAUUUUAUUUGUAUUUUUUUCACCUUUAUUUAACCAGGUAGGCCAGUUGAGAACAAGUUCUCAUUUACAACUGCGACCUGGCCAAGAUAAAGCAAAGCAAAUAAAAUGCAUCCAAAGGGAUGUUGUAUAUUCUCAUGAUUCAACUGUAGCAUAACCCGCAAAUUGCAAAGGAAAAGUCAAUUCGUCUGGUGAACCACUCGUGACAGCGUUGUAGAAGUCACAGCAGAACCCCAUGUCCAUUAUUUUAUUUUGCAUGCACACAGCAGGCCCACGGCCGUGUGGGAGGCCUCCUUCAGUUCCAUUUUCACACUGACACAAAAAGUAAUACACACACAAACAGUAGCUGAUAGCACAGUUCUCCCACGCAGCACACAGGCAGCUCCAUGAUUAGGGCUUCCAGCCAGUCGGAGAGCAGAAUUCUCCCGCGUGAGUGCGCCCCCAUGCAGCCACGCACGUAGAAUGGUUGUAGUGUAGUUAAUAGCAUCCAUCUUGUAGAAGCCAAGGCUCGGCCCACAUUAAGUGGUAGGAGAAGACCCAUUCCCACUACAUCCACAAAGUAAAUGUCCAAGAUGUGUAAAAGUCUGGGUAAAAAAAGUAUUAAUUGAUAUUGCCCUUUCAGUCAAGUGGACAGUCCAGUACUCACUGUUUGCCUGCCUGUCAUGAAUAAAGUCACGUGUUGUAUGUUGCCUCUGUCUGGUCUUUCAUUAUAGUUGACGUUCCACUUUUCGAAACCUCCAAACAGCUCGUUACAUUAUUCCAACUUGGAAAAUUGUUUAAGGUGCAGUAUAGUAAUGUCCAUUUGUCAGGUUGUAAAAAAAACAGCUAGCCGGAGCUCGUCUGAGAGGUCGGCUGUGAAUGCCCUCACCCGCUGGUACUUAACGCUGAUUGGUUUUUGGUUCUGCCCACUAUAGUGCUGUCCAGUUAAAACAUGAUGUUGAGGCCCAUUACUGUCUUAAUUGUCACCACCAAACACGCACGCGGACACAGCUACUUCCAUUGUAGGUAGUUCUUUAUGUAUGGUAAUCUGAAUGAUUUGUGAUAUUAAUUCCGGAUGCACGCACAACACUUCUAAAAUAAACACUGUGAACUCGGUCGGCAGCCAAACUUACAUCAUUUUACAUUACAUUUACAUUUUAGUCAUUUAGCAGACGCUCUUAUCCAGAGCGACUUACAGGAGCAAUUAGGGUUAAGUGCCUUGCUCAAGGGCACAUUUACGUCAUUUAGCAGACGCUCUAGUCCAGAGCGACUCACAAAUUGAUGCAUUCACCCUAUAGCCAGUGGGAUAACCACUUUACAAUUUUUUUUUUUUUUUUUUGGGGGGGGGGUAGAAGGAUUACUUUAUCCUAUCCCAGGUAUUCCUUAAAGAGGUGGGGUUUCAAAUGUCUCCGGAAGGUGGUGAGUGACUCCGCUGUGGGGUGGGGGGGUAGAAGGAUUACAUCUUCUGUCGACGACUAAAAACACUCUAAACUAGAGCGGGCGGAGCCAGAGUAAGGAAAGGAAGGGCCUUUUUUACACAGGUUGAUUUUGAUAACUAGCUAGUUUUGUUUAGUUCAAGGGAUGCGAGCGCCAGAUUAUGUAGACUCCAGGCAUUACCCACACAACAUGUUUAGGCAGUACGCAUGCGCAAAAUAUGAAAUUGGCUCAAUGCAACGAAUGAAGCUACUUCAAGCUAGGCAAAUCAGCGACGCCUAUGUUGACCCUGUCCAUUAACAGUGACUGGAGUAAGGAAAGGCCGCGCGCGUCAUGGAUUUCAAUGGAUGGAAAGAAAGGCAUUAGGUUUUGAUGCAGUUUUAGGCAAAACAUUUUUUUGGGGGGAGCAUAAAAAACACUAGAAUCAUUGAGAAAAAACAGUAGAUAACGUUAGAUAACAAUUACAUUUACGUUUUAGAUUUUAGUCAUUUAGCAGACACUCUUAUCCAGAGCGACUUACAGUUAUUGAGUGCAUACAUUUUAUUUGGCUUUUCAUAACAGCUUUUUUAUUAGAUUAUCACAGGGUAAGCACUGCCUACCCUGACUGCACAUCACUGAUUCACACUGAUAUAGGGGCUAGCUAGGCCUUCUAAUUGCAUUAUGUCUGCCAUGUCUACCUGGGCGGCAGGUAGUUUAGUGGUUAAUCCCCGAGCCGACUAGGUGAAAAAUCUGUCGAUGUGCUCUUGAGCAAGGCACUUAACCCUAAUUGCUCCUGUAAGUCACUCUGGAUAAGAGCGUCUGCUAAAUGACUAAAAAAAUAAAAAUAAAAAGACAUGCCAAACGUUGUCAAUUAGCAAAAUUAAAUUCACCAUUGAUAAGGCUUAAAAAGAGAGUGAAUCAUUCCAGUCAAAUCCACCCCAAAAUUUAGUUUUUGUUUUAAAUAGGCUAAGUCUACAAAAUGGGGGGAAACCAGUAAUUUUUUUAUGUUUCUAAAUAUGAGAUUCACCGGCACAAAAGGCACAUCUCUGAUUCCAUGGGCAUUGUGUGACACGGCUGGAUAGGCUACGCUUCCGCUCUCAAAAUCCAUGCCAUUACCAACUGCAUUACCUUUAAGACCUGUUUAUGGUGGGUCUUAAAACCUCCCUUUAGUGCUGCAUGAAAUUGUAAUAUUUAGCUUGUCUUUAAGGACACACCUCAAAUAUAGCCACCCCUCCCACCUCAGCGCAAGUGAGCUGAUAUUAGACAGGUAAAUUGCCAAAACUUGCGUAAGUGGUGGAAAAUGCCAGUGCGGCAGUUUUAAAUGAUGAAAUUGCAAACUAACGUGCGUUUGACACUUGCGCCUCCUUAGCGCCAGCUGAGAUAUACAUCUGGCUCUUAUUGUCUUUGCUUUGUCUGCCUGCAGAUCUUUAAGUACAAGAACAUCCGAGGCAAGUUCUUCCCCUGCCUUCUGCCCAAGUCUCACAGUACUGUUGACGCACUGCCAUUCACUGUGCCUGGCUCUGCGAAGGCCUCUGUGCAGGUACACAUGCUCACACAUAAGAGGGAACAAACCCACCCAGACACAUACAAGCUCACAGAGAAAUGCCUAUUUUUUUACGACCAAUUGUUCAAUGAUUUUCAUUAUUUCUCUCAGGUGUUGCGUUCUGUGGAUCGCUGGUCAGCCGGAACUUGUGAAAGCUCUAUCCUCAAUGCCUACAUCCAUACCAUCGAAAACAGCGAACACUACAUCUACAUCGAGGUAAUUCUGCUGCCAGCACAUUACAUACAUUAAAUACACAUUAUUUCAUUGCACCCAUUUACUAGACUCAUAACCACACUACUUCUAUGCCAUAUCCAUCUUCUCUACCUGUUUGCUUGCUGAAAAACAUUGAAAUCAACCAGGGGUCAAGGUUGUUUUUUUUGUUAGCCAGCCAGUAUUCAGUGCCCUGGCCUCCCCGAUGCUGUCUUGUGACUGUGUCUCUGUACUGAAGUCAACUUGUAGCUCAAGGUUGAGAUAACGGCAGUCCUCAUGUGCCUCCACAGUCCACAUGAUCCUAUUGUUUUGAAGUCCAAUUGAAUGCAUGGGUUAUAUGGGUUAUAGUAUAGAUUUUCAAAUGAGAUUAAUAGUUCAAUGAGGUGUUUGUUUUUAAAUAUGCAUUGUUUCCAUAUCUUUGUUUUUAACUGGAAAUGGUUGUUUAUUAAUGGGACACAAGGGUUAGAAAGAUAAGGAUUUUCUCCCAGCGUUUGCGUUAAAGAUCCUGCUUUAUUUCCCAAUCCCCUGUAUCCCUGCUUAUUCCUAUCCCUCUAACAUUGUCAUGUGGGCUGUAUUUGCUGUUCUAUGUGAGCAGCUUGAAGUCUGAAUGCUUUAACAGCAAUGUCCCUUUGUGGUCACAAGUCCAGCUCCCUACCCAUCACACCCCACAGCAUCAUACAGAGACCAGAGCCAUAUAUACAUGGCUCUGACAGAGAUUCCAUCUGUCCCUCUCUCUACCUCUCUGCUCUCAGAACCAGUUCUUCAUCAGCUGUGCUGACGGGAAGAAUGUGCACAAUGGCAUUGGUGACGCGAUCGUGAAGAGGAUCCUACGUGCACACAGGUGUGGUUCUACCACCAUGUCUCUCUGUGUUUAAUCUGUCAACACACAGCUUGGUUUACUGUAUAACAUGAUAUUACUGGACUGGUUUAUACAUGUUUUAUACAUGUUUGUCAGUUGAUUAUCUGUAUCGAUAAGUCAAGUUAAAUUAUCAUGAUUCAAUAUUGUUUAUGUUACAAAAACAUUGUUGACAAUAGUUUCUCUCUAUAUAACUCUCUCUCCUCUGCUACCCCAUUCCCUAACUCUCUUGCUGUUCCGCAGUGAGCAGAAGAAGUACAGGGUGUUUGUGGUGGUGCCCCUGCUGCCUGGGUUUGAAGGAGACAUCCGUGAGGGGGGUGGGAAUGCCAUCCAAGCUAUACUACACUUCACUUACAGGUCAGAACCCUCCCUUAUGGGCCUUCACACACAUGCACGCACACACACACUGUACCCAGCAAACUGGGAACAUUCCCCGAACAUUAGCUAAGAUUCCCAAGUUCUAGUUAGGGUUUUAUCACAACAUCCGUAACAACCACCACAGAACAUUCCCUAAAAGUUGUCAUUAGGUUUCCAGGUAAUGUAAUAACACAAUGUACCAGUCAUGUUUUCCCAGCAAACCAAAAUGUUCCCGGAACAUUCGUUAGGUUGCGGCAAAUGUUCUCAUUAGACCAAAACUGUCCAGUUGUGCUGAAGAUUAUACACUGAGUGUACAAAACAUUAGGAACACCUGCUCUUUCCAUGACAGACUGGCCAGGUGAAUCCAGGUGAAAGCUAUGAUCCCUUAUUGCUGUUACUUGUUAAAUCCACUUCAAUCAGUGUAGAUGACGGGGAGGAGACAGAUUAAAGAAGGAUUUUUAAGCCUUGAGACAAUUGAGACAUGGAUUGUGUAUGUGUGCCAUUCAGAGGGUGAUGGCACACAUACAAGGUUACCAGAAUGUUUCAUUAGGUUGUGGGAACAGUCUGGUGCGAACAUUGUGGGGACAUCACAAAAGAUAUGUUCCCAAAACACAAAAAACUGUCCAGUUGUGCGGAUGAUUAUACAAUGUUUAUUUUAGGGUGCACAGGACAUUCCCUUAAUGUUGUAAGAAUGUUGACAGAACACCUGGUCUAAGUUCUUUGAAGGUUCCCAGAAAAUGUCAUUAAGUUGUCUGGGAUGUUGCAAGAAUAUUCAUUUGAUUUUCACGAAGGUUGCACAGAACAUUCCCACAAUGUUCCACAAUGUUCCACAAUUUCCAAAUGUCAAUUUUUAAGACGUUCAUAGCAUAUUUGUUUAAGGUUUAACAUAAUAUUGUAUUGUUCACACAAUAUACAUUUUACCUUGUCUUGGAGGUCCUCAGAACAUUUCAAGAACAUUUAGAAAAUUAUAUUUUAAAGUUUUACCUAAUAUUACCACAGCAUUCUCAGCAUACAAAUGUGUUGCUACUUAAAGCAGAUUGGAAUACAUCCCCAUUAUGUUUCUCUCCAGAUUUUAUGGCAAUUCGCAUUUGAGGACUGUAUUGUAGGCAGUGGUGUGUAUUCAUGGAUGCCAAGGGAAGCCAGGCUUCCCAAAAAAAUUCACCAAGAAAAAAACAUUUAUCUUCCGUCUAUCUGUGUUUCAUAAUUUUCCUUAAAUUUGCAAGAGGCUGAAUGUAUCUCACAAGAGAAAGCGUCCAAGCCAGCGAAGCAGCGCCCCUCUGUUUCUCUGUGUAGACCAUCUAUCUGAUGCUGUCUGGUCCAAACAAGUAUGACAUUGUUGCCACCUGUAGCGUUGAAGGCAAGGGAAGCCAGCGAGCAUCUGGCCUCCCAUGACAAAAAACGUCUAAGAAAAUGAGCCAAUCAGCGUUGAGCUAAACUGAGCGAGCUCAACUGUGAACGGUCCUGGCGCACCAAAAAAGUAUAAAGGGAAGCCAGCUUGGAUUUGCCGUCACUCCUGUCAAAUCCCAUUGAGAGCAUACGUCAUUGACAGAAAAACUUGAAUUGUUGCAUUUCAUUGUGUUGUUGUCCUCCGGUGGCUAGCUAGCCAGCUAGCUAAAAUUGGCCCUUUCAAAUCAAAUCAAAUUUUAUUUGUCACAUGCGCCGAAUACAACAGGUGUAGACCUUACCGUGAAAUGCUUACUUACAAGCCCUUAACCAACAAUGCAGUUCAAGAAAGAGUUAAGAAAAUAUUUACUAAAUAAAGGAAGGUAAAAAAUAAUACAGAGUUACACAAAAUAACAACGAGGCUAUACACGGGGUACCGGUACCAAGUCAAUGUGCAAGGGUACAGGUUAGUCGAGGUAAUUUGUACAUGUAGGUAGGGGUAAAGUGACUAUGCAUUGAUAAUAAACAGUGAGUAGCAGCAGUGUAAAAACAAAUGAAGGGGGUGGGGGGUGUCAAUGUAAAUAGUCCGGGUGGGCAUUUGUUUAAUUGUUCAGCAGUCUUAAGGCUUGGGGGUAGAAGUUGUUAAGGAGUCUUUUGGUCCUAGACUUGGCGCUCCGGUACCGCUUCCGUGCGAUAGCAGAGAGAACAGUCUAUGACUUGGGUGACUGGAGUCUUUGACAAUUUUUUGGGCCUUCAUCUGACACCGCCUAGUAUAUAGGUCCUGGAUGGCAGGAAGCUUGGCCCCAGUGAGGUUUUGUGUUAAAACAAAGGUGUGGUUGAAUUCUGCCACAGUGUCUUCUUAUUGUCUAGGCCUUGAGGUCACGGUUGCAAGGCAUAUGAAUUAACAGGUUAUAGAGCAAACAACGCAAUUAUCACAACACAUAGGUUGUAAUAUGGCUUUUUUUUGGGGGGGGGGCUUGGCUUCCCAGUGAUUUUACCCACGCACAGCUACCCACGCACCACUACAUGGUGAUAGACAAAAAAAAAUAUUUCAUUCAUAGGACAUUUGAACAGCAUUCAGUCAUACUAACAACGAUAUGUUUUACACUUUAUAUGUUGACAAUCUGCACAUGUUUGAUUCCCAAGGCAGGUCUUUUAUCCUCUCCGCCACCAGGGAAGUUCUCUUCAAAAUUAUUUUUUUCAGUAUAUAGCCAUGGCAAUCAGGAAUUCCAUGCUUCCUUUUGAGCCUUCUUAGACAGGGAAAUACUGGUAACUGGGUUAUUCACCAUCACUUCACCCAUCCUUGUUACAGUGGGGAGAACAAGUAUUUGAUACACUGCCGAUUUUGCAGGUUUUCCUACUUACAGAGCAUGUAGAGGUCUGUAAUUUUUAUCAUAGGUACACUUCAACUGUGAGAGACGGAAUCUAAAACAAAAAUCCAGAAAAUCACAUUGUAUGAUUUUUAAGUAAUUAAUUUGCAUUUUAUUGCAUGACAUAAGUAUUUGAUACAUCAGAAAAGCAGAACUUAAUAUUUGGUACAGAAACCUUUGUUUGCAAUUACAGAGAUCAUACGUUUCCUGUAGGUCUUGACCAGGUACUUGUUCUCCCCACUGUAUAUGCUGUGUACUUCUGGGCCCAUAUUUACAAGGUAUCCAAGACUUAGAGUGUUGAUCUAGGAUCACUUUUGCUUUUCAGAUAAUGAAGAAUAAAACUGGAAGGGGCAAUAUCAAGCCUCUCAAUCUAGGAAUUAUAUUGGGUGCAUUUCUUAAAGGUAAACAGUAUAUAUUUACACUGUAUUUUAUUUUUAUUUUUUACAGUUAGUCUAAAUUCUGCAAUGCUGACUGGAUUUAUAAAUCUAUUUUAGUAGAGUAUAUCUGAGUCUCAAUUUCAGUGUGAGGUUCAAACUCCACAUGUGCAGAUCAAAUCACAUUUUAUUCAUCGCAUGCUUCGUAAACAACAGGUGUAACAAUGCAGAGAGAAAGAAAAUAGAUAAAUAAUAGGAAAGUAAUAACAUAAUAAUAAUAAUAAUAAUAAUAAUAAUGAUAAAUACACAAUGAGUAAGGAUAACUUAGUCAAUGUGCAGUGCUACGAGGUAAUUGAGGUAAAUAUGUACAUAUAGAUAAUAUAUAAUAGCAGCAGCGUAUGUGAUGAGUCAAGAAAAAAUUUGUGCAAAAAGGGUCAAUGCAGAUAGUCCGGGUAACUAUUUAACUAACUAUUUAGCAGCCAGGGUCCUGUUGGUUCCGGACUUGGUGCAUCAAUGCCGUGCAGUAGCAGAGAGAACAGUCUAUUACUUGGGUGGCUGGAGUCUUUGACAAUCUUUAGGGCCUUCCUCUGACACCGCCUGGUAUAGAGGUCCUGGAUAUCAGGGAGCUCGACCCGAGUGAUGUACUGGGCCGUACACACUACCCUCUGUAGCGCCUUGCGGUCGGAUGCCAAGCAGUUGCCAUACCAAGCGGUGAUGCAGCUGUAGAACUAAUCUUUUCAGCCUCCUGAGGGGGAAGAGGUGUUUUCGUGCCCUGUUCACGACUGUGUUCACGAUUGCGUAGACUGUGGAUCAGUUGGGAUGGUAUGUGAAUUGAAGUGGGUCCAGGGUGUCUGGAAUGUUGGUGUUGAUGUGAGCCUUUCAAAGCAUUUCACUUUUUUCCCUCACUGUAUUUUUACAUGUAUUUAACCACUUAUAUUUGGCACUAAACAGUCUCAAUAUAUGCUUUCAUAAAUGUUUUCUACUGGUACCGGGGGACCUUUAGUUGAGUCUUGUGAGGCAUGUGGGCGUCCUAGAGCAAAACAACCGACGUGUUCGUGAGAGUCUAAUCUUUCCAUAAAGGGGUAAUAACUGUUCGGACGCUACAGACGAUUUUGUGAGAAGAGCGACUUUCGAGAUGUCUCAUGGUCUGACAAACACCACUGUAGCUCUGUCACCAUUCACCGCAGAUGCGGAAGUGCGACAUAGGCGGAUGUGGUGGAUUGAGAUGCAUCCAAUGCAAAAAAACAUAUCUCUAGCUUAAACUGACAGAUUUGUAUGGGGAUUUUUUUAUCAUGCUAAAAAUAUGGUUGUGUUUGAAUGAUUAAAUAAUGUUCAAAUGUCCUAUGAAUGAAAAUAACAUCUCAUGUGUCUCUAUAUCACCUACAGUACAGCUCUCAAAUGCGAAUUGCCAUUACAUCUGGAGAAACAUAAUGGGGAUGUAAUCCAAUCGGUUUUCUUAUGCUUUAAGGAGCUACACAUUUGUAUGCUGAGUGAUGUGGUAAUAUUAGGUAAAACUUAAAUAUAACAUUUUCUAAAUGUUCUUGAAAUGUCCUGAGGACCUCCAAGAGGUAAAAUGUAUAUUGCAUGAACAUCAAUGAAAUAUUUUUUUUAACCUAAAAUAAAUAUGAUAUGAAUGUCAUAAAAACAUACUUAUUUGGAAAUUGUAGAACAUUUUGGAACAUUGUGGGAAUGUUCUGUGCAACAUCCCAGACAACUCCCAUAACUUCAUUAAAACUUUAAGAACUUAGUCCAGGUGUUCUGUCAACAUUCUUAGAACAUUCUAGGAAUUUCCUGUGCAACCUAAUUUAAACAUUGUAUGAAGGUCCUCACAACUGAGCAUAUUUUGUGUUUUGGGAAUGUAUCUCUUGUAAUGUACCCACACUGUUCCCACAACCUAAUUAAACGUUCUGGGAACCUUUUAAAGAACUCAGAACGGCUGUUCUGUCAACAUUCUUGCAACAACAGAGGAAUGUUUUGUGCACCCUGAUACAAACAUUAUCUGAAUGUCAGCACAACUGGACAGUUUUAGUGUUUUGGGAACCUAUCUCUUGUCAUAUUCCCACAAUGUUCCCACAACCUAAAGAAACAUUCUGGGAACCUUUUAAAGAACAGAUGAAAUGUGUUCUAGGAAUGUUCUUGCAACAUCAGGUGAAUGCUUUUUGCACCCUAAAAUAAACAUUGUAGAAUCAACCGCACAACUGGAACGUUUUUGUGUUUUGGUAACAUAUAUUUUGUGAUGUCCCCACAAUGUUUUCACCAGACUGUUCCCAAAACCUAAUGAAACAUUCUGGGAACCUUUUUAAAGAACAGAUUAAAUGUGUUCUAGGAACGUUCUUGCAACAUCAGGCGAAUGUUUUACACAAACAUUCUAUAGUCAUCAGUUCUGCGUUAUGAUAACAUUGCCGAGACCUAACGAAUGUUCUAGGAACUUUCACAGAACCAAUUUUGGUUUGCUGCAUAGACACUAAGACACAAUCACUUAUAUGAUGUUAAAACAUACAUUUUGUUGUGAUUUGUUUUUUAGACAACAACUAAGAUUGUUGUUGAUUUGAUGCUAUAAGUUAUAUGUAUUUGUCACAGGACCAUGUGCCGUGGAGAGUACUCCAUACUGAUGAGACUGCGAGAACGUGAGUUUUCUUUCCAAUUCAACCUAAUAUCUGGCAUCACUGCCCGUCCGUUUGUCUCAUCUCUGAUAACAUUUCUGCUUGUCAUUUUCUCUUAUGUUUGGCUUAUCCUCCCGCUAACUGAAGGCUCAUCCUAGGUACACUAAAAGUAUGGCCAAAAGUAUGUGGACACCUGCGUUCGUCGAACAUCUCAUUCCAAAAUCAUGGGCAUUAAUAUGGAGUUGGUUCCCCUUUUGCUGCUAUAAUAAUAUGCCAUUUAGCAGACGCUUUUAUCCAAAGCGACUUACAGUCAUGUGUGCAUAAAUUUUUACGUAUGGGUGGUCCCGGGGAUCGAACCCACUACCCUGGCGUUACAAGCGCCAUGCUCUACCAAUUGAGCUACAGAGGAUAACAGCCUCCACUCUUCUGGGAAAGCUUUCCACUAGAUGUUGGAACAUUGCUGCGGGGACUUGCUUCCAUUCAGCUACAAGAGCAUUAGUGAGGUCGGCACUAAUGUUGGGCACGCAGUCGGCGUUCCAAUUCAUCCCAAAGGUGUUUGAUGGUGUUUAGGUCAGGGCUCUGUGCAGGCCAGUCAAGUUCUUCCACACUGAUCUCGACAAACCAUUUCUGUAUGGACCUUUGUGCACGGGGGCAUUGUCAUGCUGAAACAGGAAAGGGUCUUCCCCAAACUGUUGCCACAAAGUUGGAAGCACAGAAUCAUCUAGAAUCAAAUCAAAUCAAAUCAAAUUUUAUUGGUCACAUGCGCCGAAUACAACAGGUGCAGACAUUACAGUGAAAUGCUUACUUACAGCCCUUAACCAACAGUGCAUUUAUUUUAAACAAAAAAAGUAAGAAUAAAACAACAACAAAAAAAAGUGUUGAGAAAAAAAAGAGCAGAAGUCAAAUAAAGUGACAGUAGGGAGGCUAUAUAUACAGGGGGGUACCGUUGCAGAGUCAAUGUGCGGGGGCACCGGCUAGUUGAGGUAGUUGAGGUAAUAUGUACAUGUGGGUAGAGUUAAAGUGACUAUGCAUAAAUACUUAACAGAGUAGCAGCAGCGUAAAAAGGAUGGGGUGGGGGGGCAGUGCAAAUAGUCCGGGUAGCCAUGAUUAGCUGUUCAGGAGUCUUAUGGCUUGGGGGUAGAAGCUGUUGAGAAGUCUUUUGGACCUAGACUUGGCACUCCGGUACCGCUUGCCGUGCGGUAGCAGAGAGAACAGUCUAUGACUAGGGUGGCUGGAGUCUUUGACAAUUUUGAGGGCCUUCCUCUGACACCGCCUGGUAUAGAGGUCCUGGAUGGCAGGAAGCUUUGCCCCAGUGAUGUACUGGGCCGUACGCACUACCCUCUGUAGUGCCUUGCGGUCGGAGGCCAAGCAGUUGCCAUACCAGGCGGUGAUGCAACCAGUCAGGAUGCUCUCGAUGGUGCAGCUGUAUAAUUUUUUGAGGAUCUGAGGACCCAUGCCAAAUCUUUUUAGUCUCCUGAGGGGGAAUAGGCUUUGUCGUGCCCUCUUCACGACUGUCUUGGUGUGUUUGGACCAUGAUAGUUUGUUGGUGAUGUGGACACCAAGGAACUUGAAGCUUUCAACCUGUUCCACUACAGCCCCGUCGAUGAGAAUGGGGGCGUGCUCAGUCCUCUUUUUUUUCCUGUAGUCCACAAUCAUCUCCUUUGUCUUGGUCACGUUGAGGGAGAGGUUGUUGUCCUGGCACUACACGGCCAGAUCUCUGACCUCCUCCCUAUAGGCUGUCUCAUCGUUGUCGGUGAUCAGGCCUACCACUGUUGUGUCGUCGGCAAACUUAAUGAUGGUGUUGGAGUCGUGCCUGGCCAUGCAGUCAUGGGUGAACAGAGAGUACAGGAGGGGACUGAGCACGCACCCCUGAGGGGCCCCCGUGUUGAGGAUCAGUGUGGCAGAUGUGUUGUUACCUACCCUUACCACCUGGGGGCGGCCCGUCAGGAAGUCCAGGAUCCAGUUGCAGAGGGAGGUGUUUAGUCCCAGGAUCCUUAGCUUAGUGAUGAGCUUAGAGGGCACUAUGGUGUUGAAUGCUGAGCUGUAGUCAAUGAAUAGCAUUCUCACGUAGGUGUUCCUCUUGUCCAGGUGGGAAAGGGCAGUGUGGAGUGCGAUAGAGAUUGCAUCAUCUGUGGAUCUGUUGGGGCGGUAUGCAAAUUGGAGUGGGUCUAGGGUUUCUGGGAUAAUGCUGUUGAUGUGAGCCAUGACCAGCCUUUCAAAGCACUUCAUGGCUACAGACGUCAGUGCUACGGGUCGGUAGUCAUUUAGGCAGGUUAUCUUAGAGUCCUUGGGCACGGGGACUAUGGUGGUCUGCUUGAAACAUGUUGGUAUUACAGACUCAGUCAGGGACAUGUUGAAAAUGUCAGUGAAGACACUUGCCAGUUGGUCAGCACAUGCUCGGAGUACACGUCCUGGUAAUCCGUCUGGCCCUGCGGCCUUGUGAAUGUUGACCUGCUUAAAAGUCUUACUCACAUCGGCUACGGAGAGCGUGAUCACAUAGUCAUCCGGAACAGCUGGUGCUCUCAUGCAUGCUUCAGUGUUGCUUGCCUCGAAGCGAGCAUAGAAGUGGUUUAGCUCGUCUGGUAGGCUUGUGUCACUGGGCAGCUCGCGGCUGUGCUUCCCUUUUGUAGUCUGUAAUAGUUUUCAAGCCCUGCCACAUCCGACGAGCGUCAGAGCCAGUGUAGUAUGAUUCAAUCUUAGACCUGUAUUGACUCUUUGCCUGUUUGAUGGUUCGUCGGAGGUCAUAGCGGGAUUUCUUAUAAGCGUCCGGGUUAGAGUCCCGUUCCUUGAAAGCGGCAGCUCUACCCUUUAGCUCAGUGCGGAUGUUUCCUGUAAUCCAUGGCUUCUGGUUGGGGUAUGUACGUACGGUCACUGUGGGGACGACAUCAUCGAUGCACUUAUUGAUGAAGCCAGUGACUGAUGUGGUGUACUCCUCAAUGCUGUCUGAAGAAUCCCGGAACAUGUUCCAGUCUGUGCUAGCAAAACAGUCCUGUAGCUUAGCAUCUGCGUCAUCUGACCCCUUUUUUAUUAACCGAGUCACUGGUGCUUCCUGCUUUAGUUUUUGCUUAUAAGCAGGAAUCAGGAGGAUAGAGUUAUGGUCAGAUUUGCCAAAUGGAGGGCGAGGGAGAGCUUUGUAUGCGUCUCUGUGUGUGGAGUAAAGGUGGUCUAGAGUUUUUUUCCCUCUGGUUGCACAUUUAACAUGCUGGUAGAAAUGAGGUAGAACGGAUUUAAGUUUCCCUGCAUUAAAGUCCCCGGCCACUAGGAGCGCUGCAUCUGGAUGAGCGUUUUCCUGUUGAUUAAUGGCCUUGUACAACUCAUUCAGUGCAAUCUUAAUGCCAGCCUUGGUUUGUGGUGGUAAAUAGACAGCCAUGAAAAAUAUAGAUGAAAACUCUCUUGGUAAAUAGUGUGGUCUACAGCUUAUCAUAAGAUACUCUACCUCAGGCGAGCAAAACCUAGAGACUUCCUUAGUAUUUGAUUUUGUGCACCAGCUGUUGUUUACAAAUAUACACAGACCGCCACCCCUUGUCUUACCGGAGUCGGCCGUUCUGUCCUGCCGAUGUAGCGUAUAGCCCGCUAGCUGAAUGUUAUCAUUGUUGUCGUUCAGCCACGACUCCGUGAAACAUAAGAUAUUACAGUUUUUAAUGUCCCGUUGGUAGGAUAACCGUAAUCUUAAAUCGUCCACUUUAUUUUCAAAAGAUUGAACGUUGGCUAAUAGGAUUGAUGGAAGAGGCAGUUUACUCGCUCGCCGUCGGAUCCUUACAAGGCACCCCGAUCUUCGUCCGCGAUAUCUCCGUCUCUUCCUCACGCGAAUGACGGAGAUUUGGGCCUUGUCGGGUGUCUGUAUGAUAUCCUUCGCGGCCGCCUCGUUGAAGAAAAAAUCUUCGUCCAUUACGAGGUGAGUAAUCGCUGUCCUGAUAUCCAGAAGCUCUUUUUGGUUAUAAGAGACGAUGGCAGAAACAUUAUGUACAAAAUAAAUUACAAAUAACGCAGAAAAACACACAUAAUAGUACAAUUGGUUAGAGGGCUGUAAAACGGCAGCCAUCUUCUCCGGCGCUGUUCUGGGAAUGUCAUUGUAUGCUGUAGCGUUAAGAUUUCCCUUCACUGGAACUAAGGGGCCUAGCCCGAACCAUGAAAAACAGCCCCAGACAUUAUUCCUCCUCCACCAAACUUUACAGUUGGCACUAUGCAUUUGGGCAGGUAGCGUUUUCCUGGCAUCCGCCAAACCCAGAUUCAUCCGUCGCAUUGCCAGAUGGUGAAGCGUGAUUCACCACCCCAGGUGACUUGCUUUCCACUCCUGCAGAGUCCAAUGGCUGCGAGCUUUACACCACUACAGCCGACGCUUGGCAUUGUGCAUGGUGAUCUUAGGCUUGUGUGCGGCUGCUCGGCCAUGGAAACCCAUUUCAUGAAGCUCCCGACGAACAGUUCUUGUUGCUUCCAGAGGCAGUUUGGAACUCAGUAGUGAGUGUUGCAACUGAGGACAAACGAUUUUUACACGCUUCAGCACUUGGCGGUCCCGUUCUGUGAGCUUGUGUGGCCUACCACUUCGCGGCUGAGCCAUUGUUAUGCCUAGACGUUUCCACUUCACAUUAACAGCACAUACAGUUGACUGGGGCAGCUCUAGCAGGGUAGAAAUUUGACGAAAAGGUGGCAUCCUAUGACGGUGCCACGUUGAAAGUCACUGAGCUCUUCAGUAUGGGCCAUUCUACUGCCAAUGUUUGUUUAUGGAGAUUGCAUGGCUGUGUGCUCGAUUUUAUACACCUGUCAGCAACGAAUCCACUAAUGAAUGAAAUAGCCGAAUCCACAAAUUUGAAGAGGUGACCACAUACACUAAAAGUAUCUGCCUUUACUAUCUAUACUUACUAUAGUAUAGUUCUCCAUUCUCCUCAUACUUCAUCAGUUCAUCCUGUUUUCCUAUAACGUCCAUAUGUCUUCUCAUGUUUAAUUUGUGCUCCCGUUUCCUUAGCGUUAGUUUUUUCAUUGGAAUUAGCUCUAUGCCAGUGUGCCAACCAACCAGUGUGUCUCUCUACCCCCUCCCCCCAGUUGAGGACCAGUGGAGCAAGUACAUCACCCUGUGUGGCCUGCGCACGCAUUCCCAGCUCUCCCAGUCCCUGGUCACAGAGCUCAUCUACGUACACAGCAAGACACUCAUAGCCGAUGACCGCCGCUACAUCAUCGGUGAGUCACCAUCAUCACAGCCACACUUGAGACAGAUUCAGAGAUGGGAUGGGACAUAAUUGUGUCUGCAAUGGCACCUUAUUCCCUAUAUAAUGCAGUAAUUUUGCUCUUGACAAAAGUAGUGUACUAUAUAGGGGAUAGGGUGCCAUUUCCAAUGCAGGUUGUGAUUAAUCGCUGGGAUCAAUCACAGGCUGCUAAUUACUGCCUCUGCAUAAUAAUCACAAGGUGAAUAAUAUGCAGAGCUAAAAAAACAUGCUGCUAUAUAUACAUCCAUCCUGGACUUAAGGGGAGGGUGAGGAAAGGAACUUAAAAGGCACCACCCUCAUUAAAGAUUAAUGCGAUUUCUAAGUAGUUCUAUUGGAAUCGUUAUACAAUAUUUCAUGGUUUGUAAUAUGUUUAUACACAUGCACUCCUCACUGUGUAAUGUCCCUCCUUUUGGUACCACCCAAUGAAACUCUUCACCUGGCAUCCCACUGGGGCAUAGGCGGCGCAUCCAUAAAGUAAAUUGAAUUAAAUUGCCAAAAUUAUAUCGCUUAAUUAGCCUACUCCUGUCUAUACAGAAAUACUUACAAUCAUUCAAAAUAGGCUACUACACCAGAAAGCAUGAUUUGGAGGAUCGGAGGAUCAUUAGCUUCUUCAAAAACGUGGAUUGUUUUCAAUCGCAUAGCCUGUCGGAAGGGCCUGCAAUUUGGGCAGCAUGUGUGGCAAAUAACAAAUACAGUUGAAGUCGGAAGUUUACAUACGCUUAGGUUGGAGUCAUUAAAACUCGUUUUUCAACCACUCCACAAAUUUCUUGUUAACAAACUAUAGUUUUGGCAAGUCGGUUAGGACAUCUACUUUGUGCAUGACACAAGUAAUUUUUCCAACAAUUGUUUACAGACAGAUUAUUUCACUUAUAAUUCACUGUAACACAAUUCCAGUGGGUCAGAAAUGUACAUACACUAAGUUGACUGUGCCUUUAAACAGCUUGGAAAAUUCCAGAAAAUGAUGUCAUGGCUUUAGAAGCUUCUGAUAGGCUAAUUGACAUCAUUUGAGUCAAUUGGAGGUGUACCUGUGGAUGUAUUUCAAGGGAUAUCUUCAAACUCAGUGCCUCUUUGCUUGACAUCAUGGGAAAAUCAGCCAACACCUCCGAAAAAAAUUGUAGACCUCCACAAGUCUGGUUCAUCCUUGGGAGCAAUUUCCAAAUGCCUGAAGGUACCACGUUCAUCUGUACAAACAAUAGUACGCAAGUAUAAACACCAUGGUACCACGCAGCCGUCAUACCGCUCAGGAAGGAGAUGCAUUCUGUCUCCUAGAAAUGAACGUACUUUGGUGCGAAAAGUGCAAAUCAAUCCCAGAACAACAGCAAAGGACCUUGUGAAGAUGCUGGAGGAAACAGGUACAAAAGUAUCUACAGUAAAACGAGUCCUAUAUCGACAUAACCUGAAAGGCCGCUCAGCAAGGAAGAAGCCACUGCUCCAAAACUGCCAUAAUAAAGCCAGACUACAGUUUGCAACUGCACAUGGGGACAAAGAUCAUACUUUUUGGAGAAAUGUCCUCUGGUCUGAUGAAACAAAAAUAUAACUGUUUGGCCAUAAUGACUGUCGUUAUGUUUGGAGGAAAAAGGCUGAAGAACACCAUCCCAACCGUGAAGCACGGGGGUGGCAGCAUCAUGCUGUGGGGGUGCUUUGCUGCAGGAGGGACUGGUGCACUUCACAAAAUACAUGGCAUCAUGAGGAAGGAAAAUUAUGUGGAUAUAUUGAAGCAACAUCUCAAGACAUCAGUCAGGAAGUUAAAGCUUGGUCGCAAAUGGGUCUUCCAAAUGGACAAUGACCCCAAGCAUACUUCCAAAGUUGUGGCAAAAUGGUUUAAGGACAACAAAGUCAAGGUAUUGGAGUGGCCAUCACAAAGCCCUGACCUCAAUCCUAUAAAACAUUUGUGGGCAGAACUGAAAAAGCGUGUGCGAGCAAGGAGGCCUACAAACCUGACUCAGUUACACCAGCUCUGUCAGGAGGAAUGGGCCAAAAUUCACCCAACUUAUUGUGGGAAGCUUGUGGAAGGCUACCCGAAACGUUUGACCCAAGUUAAGCAAUUUAAAGGCAAUGCUACCAAAUAUCAAAUUGAGUUUAUGUAAACUUCUGACCCACUGGGAAUAUUAUGUAUUAAAUAAAAGCUGAAAUAAAUCAUUCUCUCUACUAUUAUUAUGACAUUUCACAUUCUUAAAAUAAAGUGGUGAUCCUAACUGACCUAAGAUAGGGAAUUUUUACUAGGAUUAAAUGUCAGGAAUUGUGAAAACUGAGUUUAAAUGUAUUUGGCUAAGAUGUAUGUAAACUUCCGACUUCAACUGUAGAUGAUUGUUGAGUUGCGAAUGUCUGAACGAGAGGCCAAGCCAGGCAUAUGGCAAUAUUUUGGACAAUAUUUGUGUCUCCCCUUUUUGUUGGCCUAUUAGAUCGUUGCAGACAACGUCAUUUUUAUUGAUCUGUUUGUCAGUUAGCAAAGUAUAGGCCACCCUGUAAUUUUUGUUGUAUUAUAAAAGAUUAUGCAAAUGUUUCCAGUCAUAUAAAGUAUAGUAGAAUUGCAUGAAAUGUUUUUAUAAAAGGCCACAUUUUUCCUGUGAAAAGAAAGGGUAAGAAAUGUAUCUAUUAUAAACUGGGUGGUUCGAGCCCUGAAUGCUGAUUGGCUGACAGCCGUGGUAUAUACCACUGGUAUGACAAAACAUGUAUUUUUGCUGCUCUAAUUACGUUGGUAACCAGUUUAUUAACAUUUACAUUUACGUCAUUUAGCAGACGCUCUUAUCCUUAGCGACUUACAAAUUGGUGCAUUCACCUUAUGAUAGCUAGUGGGACAACCACUUUAUAAUUUUUUAUUUUUCUAUUUAUUUUUAUUUUUAGAGUAUAUUUAAAAUUUGCCACCAUUUGGGUGCCAGAGCAGCGAACAGUUUUGACUGGGCCAGCAGGCCAGAGGUGGAAGAACCGUUUGGGUGUAGGGACUGAUCCGAGCCUGAAGGUAAGGAGGUGCCGUUCCCCUCACAGCUCCGUAGGCAAGCACCAUGGUCUUGUAGCAGAUGCGAGCUUCAACUGUAAGCCAGUGGAGUGUGCGGAGGAGCGGGGUGACGUGAGAGAACUUGGGAAGGUUGAACACCAGAUGGGCUGCAGCGUUCUGGAUGAGUUGUAGGGAUUUAAUGGCACAGGCAGGGAACCCAGCAAACAGCAAGUUGCAGUAAUCCAGACGGGAGAUGACAAGUGCCUGGAUUAGGACCUGUGCCGCUUCCUGUGUAAGGUAGGGUCGUACUCUGCGAAUGUUGUAGAGCAUGAACCUACAGGAUCGGGUCACCGCUUUGAUGUUAGCGGAGAACGACCGGGUGUUGUCCAGGGUCACGCCAAGGUUCUUUGCAAUCUGGGAGGACACAACGGAGUUGUCAACCGUGAUGGCGAGAUCAUGGCGCGGGCAGUCCUUCCCCGGGAGGAAGAGCAGCUCCGUCUUGCCGAGGUUCAGCUUGAGGUGGUGAUCCGACAUCCACACUGAUAUGUCUGCCAGACAUGAAGAGAUGCGAUACGCCACCUGGUUACCAGAAGGGGGAAAGGAGAAGAUGAAUUGUGUGUCAUCUGUGUAGCAAUGAUAGGAGGGACCAUGUGAGGAUAUGACAGAGCCACCUGGAGAGAAUAGGAGAGGGCCUAGAACUGAGCACCAGUGGAGAGAGCACGUGGUGCGGAGACAGAUUCUCGCCACGCCACCUGGUAGGAGCGACCUGUCAGGUAGGACGCAAUCCAAGAGUGAGCCGCGCCGGAGAUGCCCAACUCGGCGAGGGUGGAGAGGAGGAUCUGAUGGUUCACAGUAUCAAAGGCAGCAGAUAGGUCUAGAAGGAUGAGAGCAGAGGAGAGAGAGUUAGCUAUAGCAGUGCGGAGAGCCUCCGUGACACAGAGAAGAGCAGUCUCAGUUGAAUGACCAGUCUUGAAACCUGACUGGUUUGGAUCAAGAAGGUUAUUCUGAGAGAGAUAGCAGGAGAGUUGGCUAUAUUAGGCUAUAGACGGCACGCUCAAGAGUUUUGGAGAGAAAAGAAAGAAGGGAUACUGGACAGUAGUUGUUGACAUCGGAGGGAUCGAUUGUAGCUUUUUGAGGAGGGGUGCAACUCUCGCUUUCUUGAAGAUGGAAGGGACAUAGCCAGUGGACAAGGAUGAGUUGAUGAGCGAGGUGAGGUAAGGGAAAGGUCUCCGGAAAUGGUCUGGAGAAGAGAGGAGGGGAUAGGGUCAAGCGGGCAGGUUGUUGGGCGGCCGCCAUCACAAGUCACAAGAUUUCAUCUCGAGAGAGAGGGGAGAAAGAAGUCAAAAGCAUAGGGUAGGGCAGUGUGAGCAGGACCAGCGGUGUCAUUUGACUUAAUAAAUGAGGAUCGGAUGUCGUCAACCUUCUUUUCAAAAUGGUCAUCCACAGAGGGGGAGGAGGGAGGAGGGAGGGGGAGGAGGAGGAGGAGGAUUCAGCAGGGAGGAGAAGGUGGCAAAGAGCUUCCUAGGGUUAGAGGCAGAGGCUUGAAAUUUAGAGUGGUAGAAAGUGGCUUUAGCAGCAGAAACGGAGGAAGAGAAUGUAGAGAGGAGGGAGUGGAAAGAUGACAGGUCCGCAGGGAGUUUAGUUUUCCUCCAUUUCCGCUCGGCUGCCCGGAGCCCUGUUCUGUGAGCACGCAAUGAAUCGUCAAGCCACGUAGCAGGAGGGGAGGACCGAGCCGGCCCGGGAGGAUAGGGGACAUAGAGAGUCAAAAGAUUCAGAGAGGAGGGUUGAGGAGGCAGAAUCAGGAGAUUGGAAGUGGAAGUAGAAGGAUUUAGCAGAGGGAAGAGGAGAGAGUAGCGGGAGAGAGAGAGCGAAGGUUGCGACGGCACAUUACCAUCUGAGUAGGGGCAGAGUGAGUAGUGUUGGAGGAGAGCGAGAGAGAAAAUGAUACAAAGUAGUGGUCGGAGACUUGGAGGGGUUGCAUUGAGAUUAGUAGAAGAACAGCAUCUAGUAAAGAUGAGGUCAAGCGUAUUGCCUGCCUUGUGAGUAGGGGGGGGGGACGGUGUGAGGGUGGUCAAAAGAGGAAAGGAGAUGAAAGAAGGAGGCAGAGAGAAAUGAGUCAAAGGCAGACGUAGGGAGGUUAAAGUCACCCAGAACUGUGAGGGGUGAGCCAUCCUCAGGAAAGGAACAUAUCAAGGCGUCAAGCUCAUUGAUGAACUCUCCAAGGGAACUUAUAAUAGCAAUAAGGAAUCUUGGGGGCUAUAUGGCCAAUAUACCAUGGCUAAGGUCUGUACCCAGGCACUCGGCAUUGCAUUGUGCAUAAGAACAGCCCUUAGCCGUGGUAUAUUAGCCAUAUACCACACCCCCUCGGGCCUUAUUGCUUAAAUAUAGCCUAGUCUAGGCCUAUUCCACUACACGCUGCAUUGAACGGUCUUUUUGCAAACAGUGUUUGAGUUAUGAGCUUCAGCCCCUCGCCAUUUGAGUGACAGCUAGCAAGAUGCACACACAGCAGAGAGAGAGAGAGCAAUGAUGUGGUGCACAUAUCUGCACAUGUGACGUAGUACACAAUAUCCGAAGACCACUUUUGGCUCGUGAGUGCUACUUUCAGAACUAUUGGCUAAAAAGUAUACAAAAGUACUGGAGAAUCUCCUUUAAAGAAUAGGUCAAAUCAAAUCAAACUUUAAAUGCACUUUUAAAUAACGUUUGAUAUUAUUUAGUCCUAUUCUUUAACAUUUUCUCUGUUAAACCUACCCUUUUGAAUGAAUUUGACAACAACAGUGAAUCUAUUUAAUUAUUAAGAGAUCUCUCUAAUAAUUCUCGUGAUAGCACAUUGGUAGUAGUUUGUGACAAAUCAAAGUUAAGCAGGGCUUGGUUAAAACCCUUGAUGGGAGACCAAACGGAUAGCUAUAGAUAGAUCAACUUUCCAGUAGGAGGUGCUGCGCAGCAUAUACAGUGGGAAGAACAAGUAUUUGAUACACUGCCGAUUUUGCAGGUUUUCCUACUUACAAAGCAUGUAGAGGUCUGUAAUUUUUAUCAUAGGUACACUUCAACUGUGAGAGACAGAAUCUAAAAAAAAAAUCCGGAAUAUCACAUUGUAUGAUUUUUAAGUAAUUAAUUUGUAUUUUAUUGCAUGACAUAAGUAUUUGAUACAUCAGAAAAGCAGAACUUGGUACAGAAACCUUUGUUUGCAAUUACAGAGAUAAUACGUUUCCUGUAGGUCUUGACCAGGUUUGCACACACUGCAGCAGGGAUUUUGGCCCACUCCUCCAUACAGACCUUCUCCAGAUCCUUCAGGUUUCGGGGCUGUCGCUGGGCAAUACGGCCUUUCAGCUCCCUCCAAAGAUGUUCUAUUGGGUUCAGGUCUGGAGACUGGCUAGGCCACUCCAGGACCUUGAGAUGCUUCUUACGGAGCCACUCCUUAGUUGCCCUGGCUGUGUGUUUCGGGUCGUUGUCAUGCUGGAAGACCCAGCCACGACCCAUCUUCAAUGCUCUUACUGAGGGAAGGAGGUUGUUGGCCAAGAUCUCGCGAUACAUGGCCCCAUCCAUCCUCCCCUCAAUACGGUGCAGUCGUCCUGUCCCCUUUGCAGAAAAGCAUCCCCAAAGAAUGAUGUUUCCACCUCUAUGCUUCACGGUUGGGAUGGUGUUCUUGGGGUUGUACUCAUCCUUCUUCUUCCUCCAAACACGGCGAGUGGAGUUUAGACCAAAAAGCUCUAUUUUUGUCUCAUCAGACCAUAUGACCUUCUCCCAUUCCUCCUCUGGAUCAUCCAGAUGGUCAUUAGCAAACUUCAGACGGGCCUGGACAUGCGCUGGCUUGAGCAGGGGGACCUUGCGUGCGCUGCAGGAUUUUAAUCCAUGACUGCGUAGUGUGUUACUAAUGGUUUUCUUUGAGACUGUGGUCCCAGCUCUCUUCAGGUCAUUGACCAGGUCCUGCUGUGUAGUUCUGGGCUGAUCCCUCACCUUCCUCAUGAUCAUUGAUGCCCCACAAGGUGAGAUCUUGCAUGGAGCCCAAGACCGAGGGUGAUUGACCGUCAUCUUGAACUUCUUCCAUUUUCUAAUAAUUGCGCCAACAGUUGUUGCCUUCUCACCAAGCCUAUUGUCCUGUAGCCUAUUCCAGCCUUGUGCAGGUCUACAAUUUUAUCCCUGAUGUCCUUACACAGCUCUCUGGUCUUGGCCAUUGUGGAGAGGUUGGAGUCUGUUUGAUUGAGUGUGUGGACAGGUGUCUUUUAUUCAGGUAACAAGUUCAAACAGGUGCAGUUAAUACAGGUAAUGAGUGGAGAACAGGAGGGCUUCUUAAAGAAAAACGAACAGGUCUGUGAGAGCCGGAAUUCUUACUGGUUGGUAGGUGAUCAAAUACUUAUGUCAUGCAAUAAAAUGCAAAUUAAUUACUUAAAAAUCAUACAAUGUGAUUUUUGUUUUAGAUUCCGUCUCUCACAGUUGAAGUGUACCUAUGAUAAAAAUUACAGACCUCUACAUGCUUUUUAAGUAGGAAAACCUGCAAAAUCGGCAGUGUAUCAAUUACUUUUCUUCUGACAGUGGAUAUAAUGUUGAAGAUCUGACAUGGUUUCAAAGGUACAAACUCAACAUAUUUUAUACAAGGUUUGUCUAUGUUGAACAUUUAUUACCAUGAUGACAUAAUCCUGUGGUUGCAAUUUCACCCUCAAAACAUCAGUUUAUGUUGAUCACUUUUUUCAAUUCCAAUCUAUUUUCCAAGUAGAUUUCAUGUCAAAAUACGUUGAAAGAUUACGUUAAAACAAAGUUGAUUCAACCACUUUGUGCCAAGUGGGAUGGCUCCAUACUAUGAUAUGAUUAUAAUUACACUGGGACUAGGUAGGGUAAUUAUGGUGCUCCUCUCAGCUAGAUAGGAGUCCUUGAAACACAGGAAAAUGGUUUUGUAAACAGUGUUUUUUGUUAACCUUCCAUCUUCCCCGACUUGGUAUUAAGAAAGUUUGCUGCUACCAACUCACAUACUUUAUUGUAAGCAAGUCACUGCAGAAUCUAUGGCCAUCAUCACUGAUAUUAGUACUGUCACUACACUCUCCUCUUUGCUCUCUCUUUCUGUCUCUGGCUCUGUCUCUUUCCUCUCCUAUCCGGUUUCUAUUCCCUCCGCUCUCUGUUCUCCCUCCAUCCAGGCUCGGCCAACAUCAAUGACCGCAGUAUGCUGGGCAGCCGGGACAGUGAGCUGGCUUUGCUGGUGGAGGAUGAGGAGAGGGUCCUCUCCAUGAUGGGGGGAGAGGAGUACCAGGCCGGACCCCUCACUUUGGCACUGCGCAAAGAGUGUUUCAGGUCAGGACUAUGGAAAAUAUGUCAGUAGGGUCCAUACACUUCUGCACUCUCUGUGAUUUUACAUUCAGUUAGUUCACUGAUAGAGAGGUUUACUGAGUUUGAGGGGUAUAGAAAUUAUAUAUCUGGGGUGAACCUGGGUGUGUUUGGACAUGAAAGGGUUAUCCCCUCUGCAGAAGUGAAUCACUUCUCAUGAGAUGAACAACUCCCACAUAGUCAUCCUUAUGUUAGUGAGGGAGGGGGUAACCAAGGUCCCUACACUGACAUACUAAUAACGAUGACUGCACUACUAGUGGAUGGAUCUAUUGAUUAGUAAUUGUUGGCUUUUGUGAUGCACUAAAACUGUCCCUUAGAGUCCUAGACAGAAUAUGCAUACGCUUCACAGAGCUUGCCUGAAGCCUAUUAUGCCAGCAGAGCUAUUAGUUUUGGCUCGAAUCAGCAGCUACCAAGUAUAUCCUCUAGUUUCCAAGGGAACCAUCUCAGAUGACAAUAUUGCGCAAGCGUGGUCGUCAUUCUCUGUAUGAAGGAAUUCCGUUUUUUGAAAUGUGAAUUUGUGCACCAACCUUUACUCAGAUGCUGUAUUACGAACUGUCACUCUAGCAACAGUUUGAAUGUGCAGUUAAUGUAGCUGUUUGGCAGUAACUGACUUACAAGUCUAUGUGCAUGUGCUUCCCAGGGUGCUUUUAGGAGCCGAUUCUGACCCCAAGAUCGAUAUUGAUGACCCGAUCAGCGAUCAGUUUUUCUUGUUGGGAUGGAACACGACAGCAAAACUGAAUGCUAAGAUUUAUGACAAGGUAUAAAUGGAAAUGAAUAGGACUAAAUGCUAUGUUUGGAUCUCUUUCAUGUGCAUAGUUAUUCAUCUCUCUUUCCCUUUAACCUCCCUCCCUGUCCUCUCUGCUACUCACCUUUCCCCUUGGCUGUUCCUUCCCUUUACCUGGAACAGGUCUUCCGCUGCCUCCCCUGCAACUCUGUCCACAGCAUGAGGGAGCUGAAAGAGCAUUCAGGCAUAGAGCGCCUGUGUGACACAGACCCCCAGCAAGCUAAAGAGGAGCUGGAGGCCAUCAGGGGGCUACUGGUCCACUUCCCCCUCAACUUCCUGUCAGAGGAGAGUCUGCUCCCCCCACUGGGCAGUAAGGAGGGCAUGGCUCCUACGGGACUCUGGACAUAAGAGUACCAGGCUACCAGCCACAAGGGCCAGGAUGACACUGAAAAAUCCCAGUACAGCAGGGAAGACCUUUAUAGAUUUGUAUCACCUUCGCCAGAUUCCACUCCAUUGUUAAUAAAAAGAUUGGAACAAAAUGUAUUCUAAACUCACCUAGCUAAAAAACACUAACUGAUGUGUCUACAAAGAAUGCAAUUAGAUGCAAGAUUUUUACAUAGCUGUUGAUACAGAGUGGAUUUUAACUCUGUUAAAACGGUCAAACAUUUAAAAACACACCAGAUGAUAAUGUAUCCCAGGGUUCCCCAACUGGCGGCCUGCAGGUGAUUGUAUUUGAUCCCCCCAAGUUUUCUGAGCAAAUAAAUAAAUAAAAUAUAUAUUUAUUUUAUUUUAUUGUUGGAAACAAAAGACUGUAAAAACAUUAGCAAAUCAGCUCCAAGUGAUUUUAAUUUUGGAAAUAUUUUCCAAGGUAUUCCCACGCAUAAUAGAGAGAUGUACACUGAGUGUAUAAAACAUUAGGAACACCUGCUCUUUCCAUGACAUAGACUGACCAGGUGAAUCCAGGUGAAAGCUAUGAUCCCUUAUUGAUCUCACUUGUUAAAUCCACUUCAAUCAGUGUAGGUGAAGGAGGAGACAGGUUAAAGAAGGAUUUUUAAGCCUUGAGACAAAUGAGAUGUGGAUUGUGUGUGUACCAUUGAGGGUGAAUGGGCAACUUCCUUUGAACGGGGUAUGAUAGGGGCCAGGCGCACCAGUUUGAGUGUGUCAAGAACUGCAACGCUGCUGUUUUUUUAAAUGUUAAACAGUUUCCUGUGUGUAUCAAGAAUGGUCCACCACCCAAAGGUCAUCCAGCCAACUUGACACAACUGUGGGAAGCAUUGGAGUCAACAUGGGCCAGCAUCACUGCGGAACACUUUCGACACCUUGUAGAGUCCAUGCCCCGAUGAAUUGAGGCUGUUCUGAGGGGAAAAAGGGGGUGCAACUCAAUAUUAGGAAAGUGUUCCUAAUGUUUUGUACACUCAGUGUACAUGAUUGUAUACAAAUGUAAGCAAGGUUUAAAAUGAUUAUGUUUUUGUCAAAUGUUAUAUCUGUUUGGGCUUCUUGUGGUCAAUAUACAGUCUACAAAUGUAUUUGUAAUUAUGUUCCUGCCCCCUGACCAUCCGCUAAAGGAAAAAACGGCCCGCAACUGAAUCUAGUUGAUCCCUGAUGUAUACUAACACAUUAUGAGACUUUUAUGGGCUCCAAGUGACUUUGAGACAUGGCUAUUUGAAGGAUUACCACUGUUUUAAUGUCAAAUGUAAAUUUUUAUGACAUUGGAUCAUUGCCACACUCAACUGACCAAAUUUGUUUGUUAAUAUAAUAAUGAACCUGAGUAUUUCCUUUUUUAAAGGUCUUAGGUACGAGUCCGCCAUUAUAGAACAUAACAGGAACAGAAUGCCACUGUAUGAGAUGCAGGAGGAGGAAUGGAGAUCAGAAGUCAAGAGUCUCAGAUGAUUUAGGAACAUUGCGUACAUUUAUUGUUGCAAGGUUGUGUGGGUGGAUAGCUCUUCUCUCUCUCUCUCUACGUCUCUCUCAGCCUCUCUCUCCCUCUGCUGCUCUCUCCCUAUGCCUCUUUUUCUCUCUCUCUGCCUC